CCUUACAUUGAAAUAGUCACCCAGCCGAAGAAGACAUCACUUCGAUUUCGAUACUCAACCGAAUCGAGGAAAGCUGGAAAUAUUUAUGGUGACAGUUGCACUGAAUCGAAUCCCACCUUCCCUACUAUUAAGAUAAAUAACUAUAGAGGCCCUAUGAGGGCCAUGAUGCUGUGCGUGACUGAAGAUGGCUGCCUGCAUCCACACAAACUCGUCGGCAACAACUGCCGGCCUGACGGCAUCUGUGUCGUCGACGUCAAGGAGCCACUGUUUGAUGACCUCAUAAGCUUCACUAACGUCGGAGUACAGUGCUGCCGUAAAGAUGACGUCAAAAAG